UUUUGUUCAACUCAGCAGUGUAGUGUUCGUCUCUCUACUCAGCACGAAAGAAGAUAAGUGAAAAGUGAAGCCUUCGGAACGCAAAAGAGUUGAAAAAUCACGGUUCCUCGCGUAGAGACAAAAAGAAAAUCCAGGGGAAAACAGACCAAAUUCGGAUUUGCUGGCCUCGUCGUGCCGAAAUGAGCCAGCUUGUCCUCCCGGAGGAACAACAACCAGCAGCUUCGUCGUCGGCGCAAGAAAGAAAGUUUCCGAUUUUCGUCGCAGCAGGCGCAGAAAAAGAAAUGGACCAGGUUACGGGCGGACGCUAGAGCUGCUCGGAAUCGAUUCCGAAAGGACGAAGGUGGACGUGACGCGCCGCGAUUGAAAAAAAUGGAUCAAAUUUAAAUCAACUUUGAAGAAUCAAGAGUUGCUGCAGAUAAGCAAACAACAAAGGACAAGCUGAAAUGCCAUCGUGGGAGUUUCCAGAAAAUUUCCAAAACUGCCAGCCCCUGUGCUGUGAGAAUGUUUUGAAUGUACACAGUCGGGGAGAGCAGUCAAGUCGUUCCGUGGCCGCCGCCUGGCGGUCAGUACUCUUCCGUCUGGCCAACGCAGCACGCAGCGGAGAGCGCCGUUCAUUCGCCAGUCUGAUCUAAUGGUGUAAUUCACACACAACCACACCAUAAAGGAGAGUCCAGAAUGAAGAGAGCAGCAGCAAGAAAAGCUGACUGUUUACGUCCGUAACGGUGUGUUUGUGGGAAGAACCGUGUGUGUGGCCGCGGCGGACUUUCGACAGAGAAAGAGCAGCAGACAUCGUCGUCGGGCGAAAUGAAAUGAUGAGGAGGGAAAAAAAAAGAAGCAAAGCACAAGAAGUGAAAAGGGGAAAAAAAGUGUAAAGCGCGUCACUUCUAGAAGGGAACUUUGACGACGUCUCGGGACAGCAGCAGUGUGGUGUUGGAAAUAUGGACGAUUCCGACGGUCUGCGGUUGUGUUCUUAAUUUGUGCAAAUUGGCAAAAUCGAAAACGGUGAGGCGCGCGCGUGUGUGCCGACGACGACAGAAGAACCCAGAAGAGUGAACGCGAAAAAUCGAAACUUUGGUCGGGGACGACGAAGGUGAAACGGGGAAGAACACGAACGCGAGCAGAAAACAGAGCCAUGAACACGGUCGAGUAGGAGUUUCGAUUUCGCCCAGGAUUGCGCGACCGACGGUGAAGAAGAACGACGACGAGUCCGACAGCACGCGCAUUGAAAUCAUCAAGUUGAGUUGCGAGAGAGCGGCCACAAGCUGCCUCCAUUAGUAGCGGUGGUUCCUGCUGAGGCCGCGGCGACAUUUCGGACGACCGUCGUCUCGGCAGCCCUCGCGAUAGCAUCGUCCAGAGGGGUCAGUGCCGGCGGCGGAGGUGGUGGGGGAGGGGGUGGAAGUGGAGGAGGAGGAGGCGGCGGAGGCACCAGUAGCAGACAACGACGACGUGUUCUGUUACGCAGUAAUAAAGGUGGUGGAGUUUCGACGCCGCGCACUGGCCCUGAAACGAGAUCGGCAAUCCUCGGCAGACAGCAGCGGCUUCGGCGUCGUCGUCGCCGGCAGCGUCAGCGUCAAAACGGCCUCAACGGCUCAAGCUCAGCCGCGACGAAGAUGGUCGUAGCGUCUGCCGGAGGUCACAGCAACGGCAGCAAUGGAAGUCACGGUGGAAGUACGGGGGCGCAGUCCCACAACAAGCUGCCGCUGCAGGUCACGUCCGGUGGCACCGGGAUGACGCCGAAGGAGCUGUCCGACAACGAUGACCUGGCGACGGGCGUCGUGCUGGACACGAUCCUGGGCUUUCAGACGCACAAAAUGAACCUCAAGUAUCGGCCGCUCCGGGUCAACACCGAACCCGUCAAGGACCUGCUGGAGGAGUUUAUCCGCACGCAGAACUACGCCAAAUGCUACCAGCAGCUGAUGAAGGGCAGCUGGAUUCCGCGGUCGGCGCUCAACAAGAGCAAGCUCGCCCAGAAGCGGCUGGAGGCGCACAUCUACCGCUACCUCCGCGUGUUUGACCGGAACGCCGGCUUCGUGAUAGAGGCCUGCUACCGCUACUCGCUCGAGGGCCAGAAGGGCGCCAAGAUCUGCUCGACCAAGCGGUGGCUCAAGCACGAAAAGAUCGAGUGCCUGGUCGGGUGCAUCGCCGAGCUGACGGAGAAGGAGGAAGCGGCGCUGCUGCAGCCCGGCCGGAACGACUUCAGCGUGAUGUACAGCUGCCGGAAGAACUGCGCCCAGCUGUGGCUGGGACCUGCGGCGUACAUCAACCACGACUGCCGGGCGAAUUGCAAGUUUGUGGCGACCGGACGGGACACGGCCUGCGUCAAAGUGCUGCGGGAUAUUGAGAUUGGCGAGGAGAUAACCUGCUUUUAUGGGGAGGACUUUUUCGGGGAUAACAACCGGUACUGCGAGUGUGAAACUUGCGAGAGGCGUGGAACGGGGGCGUUCGCCAAGGACAAGAACGGCGAGGACCAGCAGAGCCCGAACGGGGUGCGGUACAGGUUGCGGGAAACGGACAACCGGCUGAACCGGCUCAAGAGCAAAAAUAGUCCGGUGGCGGAGAAUGGCAAAACCAGCAUCGGCAAGAGCGAACCGCCCUCGGCCCUGGCCGCACUCAGCAUGAAAGAGUUGCGCGAAAAGGGCAUGACCAAGUACGACGCCGAGAUGCUGCUGGCGUCGACCCAGCAAAAGUCGUCCCCCUUCGAGGGGAAUCACGUGCCGGAGGCGAGUGAGGAACCUACGACGACGACGAGCGUCGUUCCGACGACGACCCAGGAAGACAACAACAAACGAGCCACCCGUUCAUCGCGACGAUUUCAACAGACUCCGUCGACGUCAGAGGGCGUCGGUCCACGCCGCUUCAGCAGCAACAGCAGCCUUAACACGGACAUUUCCAGCGUACUCUCGUCGACGUCCUCGUUCGUUACGGCCAAAUCGACCUGCUCCGUGCCGACGGCCGCCGAACGCAAAAUGAUGCCCCGCGAGGACGCCGAAGUCAAGUCGUCCGCGGUCAUCGUCAUCGACGACGACCACAACAGCUGCCACUCGUACGCGUCCAAAGCCAGCAGCAGCACCAGCACCAGCAAAAGCAACGUGUAUGUGUUCAACGAUCUCCUGGACGGUGGGGGCGAAGGCGCCGACGGCGCCCCCCUUAACGGCUACACACUCCGCAACCAUCACCAGUGCAGCAAGGACGUUCCGACGGCGGCGGUGGUUCCCACGAAGCGACGAUCUGCGCGCGCUCCGGAAGUGGUCAGCCCAAGGGUAACGCGAACGCGCAAGCAGCGGCUGCUGAUGAAGGUUGAGGAACCGCUGCAGACGACUCCGUCGUCGAAGGAUCUCGCCUCGUCGGCGUCUACGACGCCCGGCAGUGGGGACAGCUCGAACCGGGGCAAUCGCCGGAAGCAGAAGCUGCAAACGCGGACGCUGCAGGCGGACGAGGAAGCGGCGCUGCAGAAGCAGGUCCUGGAGGCGGCGGCCAGCGAGCAGCCGGAUCUGCUGCGGUUGGUUCCGCGGCGGCUUGUCCUGGGUGGUGAAGGGGAAGGGGAAGAAGACGACGAGGACGAUGUGAUCCUGUCGAACUGUGUAACCAAUUGUGAUGUAGCGAGUAGCGAUAAGUUAGUGCCGGACGUAAUUGUGCUGAGCAGUGGAGUCAGCAGCAGUAGUGGUAGCAGUAGUUGUGGUAGUGAGAGUAGAUGUAACAGUGUUGGCAAGGGUGAGGGGGAACAGUCCCAGCAGCUGGAGCAGGUCCCGGAGGAGCAGGGGGAACUUGCCUCGAAGUUGGUGAUUGGUUCGCGCAAGCGGAAAGUGUCCAAAAGUGUGAGCGAGUCGGAGAGCAGUAGCAGCUGGGAGAACAAGGUCCCGCAGCGGAACACCGGUAACAUUCCGAACCCGGAAGCGCUUCUCAAAACGCCCGAGCGACGACUCAAGCUGACGCUGCGCAUGAAGCGCAGUCCGGUCAUUGACGAGAUCAUCGAAUCAGGUACGAGCCUCAGCGAGGACACUUGCAGUACCAGCAACUUUAAGCCCGAGUACGAGAUUCUGCGCGUUGAGGGCAUCGCCGAGGAGUCCGACAAGGACGAAGACGACGAUGGUGAUGAUGAUGGCGGCGGCGGUGGAGACGAUGACGACGAGCUGACCUACAGCAGCAGCUGCAGCAGUAGACUGUCGCAAAAGCGCAAGAAACGCCACAAAUCGAAGGAAGCCCGAAGGCACCGGAAACGGGUCAAACGGGAACUUCGCCGCCACAACCAUCAUCAUCAUCACCAUCAAGAGGUGGAAGCCGCUGGGCAGCCACCCCAGCAACCUUCAGUUAUACUGCAACCUUCCGCGCUGGGACCGGUCACGGCGGCCAUGGCCGCUGCUGCCCGAACUCCCCCCAAACACUCGCCACAGGCAUUUCCCGCGCCAACCAAACGGUUGCGGCUCAUCUUCGGCAACGAAACCCGCACAAUCGACAUUCCACCGACCGCAAAGAUCUCCGCCGCGUCGUCGUCGUCAUCGCCCUCGACGACCGGCUCCACCUCCACCUCGUCCUCCGCCCCCUCCUCGCUGCCACUCUCCCCCGUGACCAGCUUAACGCCAAAUAACCCAAAUAACAGUUCCGCCGCCGUCGUCGCCGUCAGCAUCAACAACACGCCCGGGGUCAUCGUGAGUCCGACGCGCGUCGUCCAUCACCACCACCCGCAAACCCAAUUCCCCGCGUUCAACGGGUACUACAACCCGCUGUCGACGACCUUCCAGCAGUUUUCCCACCACUCCCAUCCCCACCACCAUCACCAUCAUCACAAUCUAUUCGCAUUUCAAACGCAGCCGACGACGGUCGAAUCCCAACAACCCGCCGCCCAACAUCCGCCUCCACAAGCCGCCGCCGUGAUUCAGCACACGGCCCAACUGCAGAAUCCGUACCAUCAUCAGUAUCACCAUCAUCAUCUGACGGCGGUGACGACGCCGACCAAGUGCAGUCCGUACGGGCAAGCGAUUGGGGGCGGUGCGGGGGGAGGGGGAGGUGGCAGUGUACUGACGACGGCGCCCGUUGGUGGGACGUUGUCGUUUAACUGACGGACGGUGGCGGAGGGGACGAGGGUGGAGCAGCGGGAGGAGGAGGACUAGGGAGCGUUUGGUUGGGGCG